AUGGACCAGGCUCAUCGUGUCCAAAAAACAGUCUAUGCAUCUCUCCGACAAAUAUUUGUGGGCGACUUUGCCCGCAUACGCAGGACGAAGGUGAUCCGCAAGAUCAUUCAGGAACAUGAACAGAAACCCCAAAUCCGAAGCCUAAUCAACCAAGGGUAUGAUGUCGAGAACAUCACUGAAGUAGCUAAAAACCUUUUGAAGGAUAAUGUUUUUGAGUCAAUAGCGAAAGCAAACGCUCGGUUCUCAACGGACUCUGCAAGUACAGGCACUGUAACAAAAGUAUCUGGGCCCAAAAGGAGAGCUAAUAAGGCAACGGUUACGCAAAGUACGACCCUCGAAACUCUAGCCGAAAGCAAAUAUACUCGCUCUGAUACACAAUCUUCAACACAGUUUCCCGCACAAUGCCCACAACCUGCUCUAUGGCCCGAUGCCGUAUUUUUGCCAUUUCCUCAGCAGCAUCGAAUCAUGAUCGAAGUCCAAAGCGCCCUCGAGAAAGCUUGUUUCGCCUUUACGGAGAAAAACGUGGAUGAUGUCCUGCUCAAGCAAGCAUGGGAUUGUGCGGAAGCCAUUGAGCUAAAUCAAUGGCUCAAAUUAAUCCUCGAGCAUCAAGAGACGUUCAGCCAAAGUAAUCUGGCAGAUAUCAAGAAAGCAUUAUCGAGUCUGCUGGAUCCUAUCAGCAAACUUCGACAUGCUGCCGUUCAUCGGCUUCGCCUUCCGGCAAAGAGCGCUCUGCAGCUAAUCACGGAUGCUGAGGCACUUGCCAGACUAUUGCAGGAAAAUGAUAGCCUGAAGUUGAUUUCCACAACUCGGCAGCAAUUAUCGGUUACUGUCGAGGAUCUGGAGAAGAAAAAGCGUAUACUAGACAAUACAAUCGCUGAGAUCAGGAAACAAUUUGCAACAAAGAGGACUGAGUUGGAGCGUGAAGAGGCGGCGCUACUCGAAGCCGCAGAGAAACAGAGCAGGGAGGGAUUCUUUUUCACAAACGCGAGUCUUGGUGGUAAAUCAGAUGCUCUUACUAUAAAACAAGAGAGUUGA